AUGCACAACAGUAUACGUGUGAUUGGGCAGCUGAGACGUUUCGGCCGGCAACUUAUCAGUUGCCAUGUCCAAAAAAACCCACCUGAUCCAGCCCGCCUGUCGGCAUGUCUGCAAACCAGAGGUUGCAUGUUGCAGAUUACAGGUAUAUCAGCCGCGACCUGUGCCGCUGUGACCUAUGCGAUCUUUCCGGCCGAAUAUGAGCUAGACGGCAGGCCUUGGACUGGUAGGCCGGGCGGGAGGGGUGGAAGCCGGGCUGGAGACGAAGACGAUCUAAACGGACAAGAGGAGACUUCAAGUUGGCCAGACAGAUGGACAACAAGUUGUCACCUCCAUGGACCCCUAGACGGGCCUGAGCAUGAAGAGACCCUAGAGACCCAGGAGACUAGGAGUAUAUGGGUAUGGUUUUGUAGAUUUGUUGAAAAACUCGAGACAGGUUAUGCGUCCUUUAUCGUCUUCCUCACACAGCUCUUCUUCCCAUCCUCUCUCACCCCCAAUAGCUUCUUCUUCCUUUGCGUCCGAAUUAUUCAAGCUGAUUCCUCUUAA